AUGAAACAGCUCGAUAACGAAAUUUUAUACUGGAAAAAAGUUUUACAUCGAGUAAUUGCGAUCGUUAAAUCUCUCGUCAUAAAAGGGCUGCCAUUCAGAGAACAUUCGGAACGAAUUAGAGAUCAACAUAAUGGAAAUUUUUUGGGUUCUGUCGAGCUUCUUGCUGAAUUUGACCCAUUUUUACAAGAACAUUUAAAAUUAUACGCGCAUCCUGGUCGUGGAAAUACCUCUUAUUUGUCUAAAACAAUUUACGAAGAAAUAAUAUCAUUAGUUCAAAGUAAAGUAUUGAAACAUAUCACCAAGGAAGUGCAAUCUGCUAAGUAUUUUAGUGUAAUUGUGGAUUCUAAGCCUGAUAUUGCUCAAGUAGAUCAACUGACAAUAAUUAUUAGGUAUGUACGUGAUAAUGGCGAAAUUGUCGAAAGAUUUUUAGAAUUCAUUCCAAAUACUGGCCAUAAGGCUCAAGAUAUUGAAGAUGCUCUAUUAAAAUCUCUUGAGAGAAAUGGUUUGGAUAUUAUGAACUGUCAUGGUCAAUCAUACGAUAAUGAAAGCAAUAUGUCAGGUGUAUACUCAGGAGUGCAGUCAAGAAUCAAAGCAACUAACCCCUUAGCAGAAUACUUUCCUUGUGAGGCUCAUUCCUUAAAUUUAGUGGGAACUUGUGCAGCGGAAUCUGUAACCGAGGCUGUCGGCUUUUUUUCUACUCUGCAAGAAUUAUACAAUUUUUUACCAUUUCAACCAAUCGUUGGGAGAUCUUAG